UAAUGUUGUAAAUAAGGCUGGGGGAUUAAUUUACCAGUAUGACAAUUAUGUACCGAGAGCAGAAGCAGAGAAAACAUUCAGCUAUCCUUUAGAUUUGGUGUUAAAGAUCCACGAUGAUAAAGUUGUUGUAUCAUUUGGUCAACGCGAUGGAAUCCGAGUGGGCCAUGCUUUACUGUCCAUCGAUGGAUUGGACGUCAACGGUAAGUUCACGGCGGAUGGGAAGGAGAUCAUCGAAUACUUGAAAGACUCAACAAACUAUCAGUUGUCCAUACGGUUCGGAAGGGCUCGCUUGAGCUCCAAUUAAAAACUGAUGCUGACUUCAAUGUUUCAUUCGUUGUUUGCUAUUGGUUCACAGCUGUCCCCUGAAGUUGGCAGUACAGGAAUUGAGAUGCUGGAGACAGAUAUGUUCAAACUGCACUGCUUUCAGACACUCACUGCUAUAAAGUUCAUUGUGCUGACAGACCCCCGGCAGUCUGGCAUUGAUGCACUCCUGAGGAAGAUUUACGAGAUCUAUUCAGACUUCGCCCUCAAGAACACCUUCUACUCUUUGGAGAUGCCUAUCAGGUGUGAACUCUUUGAUCAGAAUUUGAAGGGUGCAUUGGAGAUAGCAGAUAAAGCUGGUAACUUUGGACCUGGAUCUAGAGUAGGAACAAGGAUGAAUUGCUCCUGAAAUGUUGUUAUUGAAUUGUGUUUGUUAUGACUGGGAAGCUACAGUACAAGCAUAUGGGUCAACAUGUCUCCAAGCAGUGCUGCUAUUUCAGAACUAAUGUUUAUUUUUAUUUUUUAUUUAACCUUUAUUUAACUAGCAAGUCAGUUAAGACCAAAUCCUUAUUUUACAACGACGGCGAAACCCGGACGACGCUGGGCCAAUUGUGCGCCGCUCUAUGGGACUCCCGAUCACGGCCGGUUGUGAUACAGCCCGGG